CAUCUUUUUAAUGCUCAAAAUAUUUCUAUAUAUCCGUUCUUAGUAGUGUAUUUUUAUAGGAUUUCGUUAUCGGUUGAGUAAUUUAGAUGAAACGAAAAUUUUCAUAAAGUAUUAUUAAAGAUGUCCGAGUUUUUAUGUCGCUUUAGGUUCUUGUUACUUAUUACUUGCGUUCGUAUUUAUAUUUAUUCUUCUUAACGAUUGCAUCGAGGCUAAUUUUUAUUGCUGAAUUUUAUCGAUGAAUUGCGGAAAUUUAUAGAAAUUCAUAUUUCUAUAAGCACCGCUGAAAAUAUAAGAUUUAGGAAGAGACUUUCAUGACAAAUAUUUCGACAUUUUAUAUACUUCCUCAGAUUAUGCGCAUUUUAUAUACUUUUGCGCCAUUGAAUUAUUCAUGAAUGUAUAAAAAUCGACGGUUUGUCGCAGUAUCGUUUGAGUAACAUAUCAAUCUGUCAAAUUUCAUUUCUGUUUACUUGACGUUGGCGCGAUCAAAGCAUUCACAAAAAUCGUUCUCAGCGAUAUAUUAGCCAUAUCUUUAUAAUACGUGUUUUAAUUACAAAGCGUGUCGUUUUUAUUGCUACACGGAGUCGUCGCUUUAAGCUGCUCGAAUAAAUAAAAUAAACGCUGUGUGACUGAAGGACGUCUAUCGUGCGACAGAUUGCAUUUAACGAUUUCGAAUGAACGUAAAUAAUGUAACCUAUCGAAGCAUGACUUUUAGAUGGACAAUACGUACCUAGAAACGUCAGCGUAACAUUUAUCCUCGUCGUGUUUACUCCCUUGAUUGUCAAUGCUGCACUUCUCGCUUCUGAGCCUCACCAUCGGAAGUUGUCUUUUGCAUUUUCGGCUAACCACUCUCGAGAGCCAUCCUUCGGGAGCCAUACUAGGACCGAGUCACGGUGAAGUUAAGCACUUCCGAUUUCGCAAGUUCCGUCGAACGACCAUGAUUAAGCGAUGAUGAAUCCCAACUCACUCCACGAUUUUCCUAACGAAAUUGUCACGCGUAAUUAGGAAACGAGGUUACUUGCAAACUUUAACGAAAAUGUCAAAAAUUCUUUACGGCACGAAUACCAUGAAGUGCAUCUCGAAUUUCACGUCGACGUAUAAUUAUCGCUUUCUCGCUUUAAAUAACGUACCACGUUACGUACAUGCUUUCUCAGAGACUUUGAUUUUCAUUAAUUAUAUUUUUAAUUAUACCGUGAUCGGUCGAAUUUAUGUAUCGCGAGUAUCGAGUUCGCGCAUAACCUUGGGAAGAAAUUCGAUGCGAUGAUCGAAAUCGAAGAAAGGAAACGGUGACGGACACGGGAACAUUAGAAAUGUAAAUUCGGGUGUCAAAGUCGCCAGGCCACACCCUUCAUUCAUAUUCUAAACGGCAAUUUGCCAACGUUAACCGGUUCAUGUAUGACUAUCCUUCCACGAUCUCGUCUUAGUCCUUCUAAUCGAAACAGUAAAUAAACCUCGAGUUAUAAUACAUCCUGUGCUCGAUGUAUGCAUGUACCAUAUAGAAACCUGCUACCAAACGUGAUACGUUUCAAUAAAUUCGCUAUUUCCGUUUGUAGCUUUCAGGCAUGUUAUUCAUAAGUUGGUAUCUUAACCUCGAUAAAACGACGUUGUCAUAACUCUACCUACCCUAAUGACAAACUCGUGAAACACACGCGAGAUCAUUUCGUGGAAAAUGAGAUUUUCUCAAGUUUUGGUCAGAUCUUGCAUUGCCCUGAGUUAUUUGGCGAGCUAACUAACAAAGAUCGUUCAUAGCGUCGUAUUAAUCGUCCGAUCGUGGAUCCUCAGGCAACGUCGAAAAUAUUUCGAUCAUUAUGGAGCGCUUACGUCGUCGAAAAAAAGAAUCACGAGCAAGUAUCCCGUUGAUCGUGACGAAGGACCGAGGAGAAACGACAGAAGAGCUAUGCGUAGGAGCAAAGGAAAAAAACAAUCACGGAUGAUAUUCGACAGGGUGGGGGAGUUUGCUCUCCAUGAAGAAUAUAUAAAUCGCGGGUAGGGCUGAAAUUCCGGUUAGUACAGAUAGUUUCGCAAACCUAUCGCGAAGCUGUGAUCACACUAUGCAGGUCUACGCCACGUUGCUUGCCUUCGCUGUAAUCCUGGUCGUAUCGAUAGAGUCGAGACCAAUCGGACUAAACUUGUACGUGAACGAUCAUCAAAACCCUUCUGAAGUCAUCAGCGUAUAUCCGCAACUUCUGCAAUACCAGAACUCUCCGUUUUACUAUCAAAAUGUUCCCGUAGACGCGAAUGGUAUUCCAGCCGCUGUCGUCGCUUAUGGAAAGCCUUCGGUCUCCCAUUUGCCUGCUUAUAACAUUUUUUAUAGCACCCCUGUACAUGACUUCCGAUUUCCACUGAAUCCGGUGUAUCCGCUGUUAAAACCUAUUCAACCGGGAGAACCGCCUAAACCAAGCCCACCAUCGACGACCACUAUGAAACCAGAGGUUGAAAGCACCGAGGAUGGCAUCGAAAAAUUGGACACGAAGAUUGAACCAGGAAAAGAAAUGAAGAAAUCGAACGAGAGCGGAGAAGACAACGACGAUGACAGCAUUACCAUCGAGUCGAUAUAAACUGCCGUGUAUUGCGUAUCACGCUUCAUGCUAAUUAAAUAAAAUAUUUACACCUUUACCCGUUA